AACAAAAAUGCCGCCCAUCCAAGACAAGCAUAGCUCUCGGGAGCUGCUCGAGGCUCAAGUUAACCUUUGGCACCAUGCACUGGGAUUCGUCAAGUCCAUGGCACUCAAAUGUGCGAUGGAACUGCAAAUCCCUAACACCAUCCAACACCAUGGUGGGUCUAUGACCCCGUCAGAGUUGGCCACAAAGAUCGGCCUCCAUCCGUCUAAGCUUCCCCGCUUACGGCGACUCAUGCGUGUGCUCACCAUAUCAGGCAUCUUUGCUGUUCAUGAGGCAGCCACGUCAAACAAGGAGAUUGUUUACGGGCUUACCCCAACCACACGCCUACUCGUCGGUGAUGAAGUUAAAUCAAACUUAUUUCCUAUUCUGUCUUUGAUGCUUGAUUCAACUGUCAUUGCCCCCUUUUUUGGCAUGCACUCAUGGUUCCUAGAUGAGCAUUCCACGUCGCUGUUCAAAAAAGCUCACAGCCUUAACUUUUGGGAGAUGGCUGAGCAGGAUGAUACUUACAACCAGAUACUCAAUAAUGCAAUGGUUUCGGAUAGUAACUUUCUCACGGACAUCAUCUUAAGGGAGUGUGGUGAUGUAUUUCUUGGCAUAAACUCUCUUAUUGAUGUUGGUGGAGGCCACGGUGGAGCUGCCAGGGCAAUUGCGAAUGCAUUCCCGCAAAUGAAAUGCACCGUGUUGGAUCUCCCUCAUGUGAUUGCAGAAGCUCCUAGUGAUGUCCAUGUGUCGUUUAUUUCUGGCGAUAUGUUUAAGUACAUUCCGCCAGCAAAUGCUCUUUUCCUAAAGUGGGUUUUUCAUGAUUGGGGUGAUGAAGACUGUGUCAAGUUAUUGAAAAAUUGCAAGGAAGCUAUUCCUCCCAGAGAUGCUGGUGGAAAGGUGAUAAUCGUAGAUAUGGUGGUUGGAUCUGGGCUAAAUGAGAUUGUAACAAGAGAGACACAUGUUUUAUAUGAUCUAUUUAUCAUGUGCGUUGAGGGGAUUGAGCGAGAGGAAUUUGAAUGGAAAAGGAUAUUCAUGGAAGCGGGAUUCGGCGACUACAAAAUUAUAUCAGUGCUGGGAGUUAGAUCUGUUAUUGAGCUCUACCCUUGAACACUCAAUUAAAAA